GUUUUCAUUUCAUGGUAGCAUUUUCAAAAGUUGAGGAAAGAUGCCAAAAAAGAAAACUGGAGCUCGUAAAAAGGCAGAAAGACAGAAGGAAAGACAAAAGAAUAUUAGAGCUGCUGAAAGAGAUAUCACGAAACAACCAUGCAACUUCUUAAUGGAAUGUGACAAGUGCUGCAGGUCACAAAAGACCAGAGCAUUUUGCUAUUUCUGCAAUAGUGUCCAGAAGAUUACUCAAUGUGGAGCCUGUGGAAAAACAAAAUGCAUGAUGAAAUCUGGUGAUUGUGUUGUAAAACACCCUGGGAAUUAUCCAACAGGUCUUGGUAUGGUGGGUGCCAUUUGUGAUUUCUGUGAAGCCUGGGUUUGUCAUGGCAAGAAAUGUUUGACCACUCAUGCUUGUGUCUGUCCACUUAAAGAUGGAGAAUGCUUUGAGUGCAAAAGAGGAGUUUGGGAUCAUGGUGGACGUGUUUUCAAAUGCUCUUUUUGCCAAAACUGCCUUUGUGAAGAUGACCAGUUUGAGCAUCAAGCAAGUUGCCAAAUUUUAGAAUCUGAAAAUUAUAAAUGUGCAUCUUGUAAUAAAUUAGGCCAAUAUUCAUGCUUGCGUUGUAAGGCUUGUUAUUGUGAUACACAUGUUCGACGUAAAGGAAUCAAAUAUAUAAGAGGGCAAGCGUUUCCAUGCCCAAAGUGCAGUCAUCCAACACUUGAAACAAAGGACCUUAGCAUGUCAACAAGGCAUGUUGAUUUUGGGCGACAAAGAAAUUUUGUUGACGAUGAUGAUUAUGACGGCGACUACAGUUCGUCUUUUGGGAAUUACGCUUCCUACAGUUAUGGUCAGGGAAGCAGUUAUAAUGAUGAUGAUGACUAUGAUGACGAUGGCAGCGAAUCUGAGGAAGAAAGCGAAGACAGCGACGAGAGUGAAGAGGAUGAUGAAGAAGAGAACAGCGAAGAUCAAGAAGAGGCUAGUAAACAAGAAGACGAGAAUGACGUCACACAGUGCGCGCAAAAGGUUGGGGAGCUUUCAACGGGAACAUAAUAAUGGCAAAAAUAAUGUUUGUUACUGUAUUGCUGAAAUAAUGCUCUGAAAAUGAGAUGAAUUUGUGAUGAAA